GAACAACGCCCUGUCCCUAACUGUUCCAGUUUUACUUUCACUUUUGCCAGACUCCAUUUUUGCCUUGAGACACGGAAGUGCCAGACGAAACAAACCUAUUGUGCCGAACUAUUAAGGGAAUUCUUUCUUUUUCGGACCCGCUGUUCGUUACUGUAUAGUAAAUAGUUGUCUCAGGCGCCCGAGCGAGGAUUGGCACUACAAUGGCUGAAGCGACAGUGUACAAACCCACUACCGAACCGAGUACCGAAGCGAAGAAAACCUUCUGUUCUAUUCUGAAUCUUGGAAAGCUACGAUUUCCUCUUAAAGUCGCACAACUGCUGUUCUCAUUCAUUAGCUUUGUAUGUGAAGAGAUCAUUGACCAAUGUGAAAAUUGUGGUGGACUCUACUUCUUUGAGUUUGUAAGCUGUAGUGCCUUUCUACUGGCUUUACUCCUGAUUAUUGUGUACUGCACACCAUUAAGAGAAAAAGUGAAUAAGCAAAGUCUUAUAACCAUUGACUUCUGGGUUACAGGAAUUACUGGUUUGCUUUUCCUCAUUGCCUCCAUUGUAUUUGUUGCUACCAUGGAUAGUAACUCUCUGGCAACUGUGUCAGUGGCAUUUGGGUUUUUGGCAAGCAUUGCCUUUAUUGUGGAAGUCGUCAUCUUGUAUAAGAAUGGACAAAGCCCGUUUACAAAGAAAGCAAAUGUAAACGGUCAAGAAAAAAUUCCUGAGGGGCAACCACUUAACGCACCAGUUCAGGCACAAGAUCAAGGACCGGAGCAAGCUUAAUCUAUCUGCUGUCACUGCAGACUUAAUUUUAGUAGAUUGUAAAUAUCAAAAUGACGGGUCCAUGCAAAAAGUUUAGCACUUCCACCAAAAUCCACACUACACAAUGGGGCAGAUUUAUCAAACUGUGAGAAUAGAACUCGCCACAGAAAAACCUCACUUUCUAUUUAUUCCUAUGGGAUUUUUAAAAGCAUAUUUAUCAAGUGGUGAACUCCAAAUCUAAAAAUAAUCCCAUAGGAAUGAAUAGAAAGUGAGUUUUUCUGUGGUGAGUUCUAUUCUCACAUUUUGUUAAAUCUGCCCAAUAAGUUGCUCGCAGAUGAAAGAGUUUACUUCCUACUGAAGAACAUAUUCUUUUCUUCCUUAAGUCAGUGCAUAUAAUAUGGUUUCCACUAUAAAUUGACAGGUUUUGUCAUAUUAAUGAUAAUAACACUCUUAUUUGCAAGCAACUUGUCAUUGUUAACUAGUGACUUAUUGAAAAGUAGGCAGUUCAGUAAGCAAUGUGGUUUGUUAUACAGGUGGCACCCAUGAUCACUAAGAUCAAUGUCUUUUUAGCCAUCUAAAGUGUCAAUUUUAUGAAAACCUUUAAUACAGCGUAUAGCCUGUAUAUGUAUAUUUUCACUACUAAACUAGACAUUUUCAUUCUGCUAUUAAGGCUUAAAUAUAUUACUCACUCUGUGAAGAAUGAACCAAACAUUUUAAACUAAGAACAGAUCUAGAAUUUUAAGGGCAGAAUUCUCUGUGAAAACCUAAAUAGGCUGUGUUUAUUAUUGCAAAUUAACUCUUCUUCAUUGAGACCAGAACAGUAGGAGAUGCUUGUGUUGCAAAAUUAUGACAUUAGCAGUGCAAAAUGGUGUAAAGUCAUACUUUAUGGUAAAGCCAAACUGUCAAACCAAGUAUGCACACACAUGGUGACUGGUGAGCUUUACUCAUGUAUUUUAAUUGCAGUUUACGAAGAUAAAUUAGAGAGGGCUUGAAUAGAAAGAAUCAGUAAUACUUAAAUAUUAAUUUAGACAAUCAUUUGACAAAAAAAAAAAAGAUAUUAAUUAUUUGCUGAAAAAACCCUUAAAGGAAUAAUUUUAUCUGUGUUUUUUUUCUUCUAUAAUUUAUCAUUACUCCAAAUGCAUUGAUACUUAGAAAUGUCUUUAUAGCCGUUGAGAUUUGCUGUAGAACUUUUUGUACAAGUGCAUUGUAAUGGAUUAUGUCAUAUGUAGGUUGAGACUUUGCACUCUGAUCAUCACGCAGUGCUUCAGUUCUGCUAGCAUUUGCAAAAAUUUCUAGUCUGUGCCUGAUGGUUUAUGAUGCUGAAUAUAGCGCAUUAGAAUAUUUUAAUGGACCAAUUUUUAAGUUACAAUGUUAAUUAUAUUUAGGUUACUAUAAGGCUCCAUUAGCUGUAUGUUUCACUGUCAAUAACUUAACCAACAGAAACUUAUAAAGAAGGUGCAUCUCUGCUUUUGCUUUGCAUGUAUGUGACCACUCUAUAAAAAUAUAUUAUAUUA